AUGUUGACGCAGGAAGAAGUUCGACAGAAACUGCUAGAAUUCGAGUAUACCUUGCUCGAUGCACUCACCCGGGAGGUAGAUGAAUCCUAUUACAGUCAUCUGAGGCAACUCACGGAAAUUGUACGGCGCGAGUUUGCUCUUCAGCAAGAGCAAGGUACACUCACAAAUGCUACAUUGCAGCUUGGUGCAAGAGUGAGUGAUCGCCUUGAGCAACUGGGCCACAUCCUGCACGAGCAGCGGACGCAGAUGCAGCGCAUUCAUUCAAAUGCAAGUCAAGAGCUUGUUCUCAUUCUGCGCAGUCCUAUACCACGCUCAAGAGCAUCAGGAAGUCUGCGAGACCGCCGAGAUCCUACGUUGAACGCGAAACACAUGCGUGACUGGUUUCUCCGCCACCUGGGGCAUCCAUUUCCUUCGCGAGAAGACAAAGAACAGAUUCUUGCUGAGACUAACGCAUGCAUACGCGAUCGGACGCUGCGUUUGAAAUAUACUCAGAUUGUACUGUGGUUCAUCAACACGCGUCGUCGCUCUGGGUGGACCGCAUUCUUAAGACAUUAUGCAAGAGGGGAUAAGGUCAAACUUUUCAAUCUCGCCCAAGCCAUUGAAAAUGAAGAGGGCGGUACACAUGAGACGCGCCAAUGGUCAGCAGGUCAUGCGAUCACUCUCACACCUGCAUCAGCUGUUCAAGCUAACAAACCUAUGCUCAGUGAUCCCAACACAAGCUCAGGGCUAAGUCUUCAGUCUCUUCUGCCGAACAUGGAUGAUAUUGCUAGACGAGCGAUGAAACGAGAGUGGUCAAACAUCGUUGAUCGUGUGCGGAUCGGUGCUAAAGAACGCAUAGGGGACUGGGUCGACGAAGUUAUCAGCGCACCAAGCACAGCUUCUUCGUCAUCACAAUCGCGUCGGCAUUCUACACGUCGAACGACCCCAUGA